AUAGAGCCAUUUAAGCAGGAAAUGCUGCGCCGGUCUCUCUCAUACACCUACUUACACAGUAGCGUCUACAAUGGAACAAACGAUGCAAUGCCGGUGCCAGACCAGCCAGCAGAACAGGAGAAGGGGGCGAUGGUUGCCCCUGUGAUGCCUGCCUCCAACGGCGACAGACCUGAGACGGAGACCACCUCAUCCAUCCUCGCAUCUGUCAAAGAACAGGAGCUUCAGUUUGAACGUCUGACCAGAGAACUUGAAGCCGAACGUCAGAUUGUUGCCACCCAGCUGGAGAGAUGCAAGCUGGGAUCAGACGCAGGCAGCAUGAGCAGCAUCAGCUCCACAGAUGAACAGUUUCGCUGGAAUGCUCAAGCAGAUGGACAAAAGGACAUCGAGGAUGAGUUAACGACUGGUUUAGAGUUGGUCGAUUCUUGCAUUCGCUCUCUACAGGAAUCAGGAAUUCUUGACAGCGGAGAACGACCGGCUCUUCUUUCCCAGAGUUCCUUGCAGCUCAACUCCACCCCGGAGGCUUCGCUCCAGUACUCUGCCAGCUACCAUAGCAACCAGACCCUCGCCCUUAGCGACAGCAUUUCUGCAGCAACUCCUCAGCGCAGCGGGCAGGUUGGAGGAGCCGUGCACAGCUACAACCAGGUGACAUCUAGUCGUGCAGCCCAGCAGCAACAAUCACAAACUGGAGCAGGAUCAGGAAUUUACUACUCCAGCUCUACUUUACCUGCUCAGCGGGUCAGUUCCCCCCAUUCUGGGGGAGGAGGCUCAGGGUCAGGUUCUCCCAGUAAACACCAGCGUUUGGGAUCGGCCUCCGACACGCCAGGUUAUUCCACUACCCAGCGCCUGCCUUCCUCUUCCCCCUCUUCCUCUCCCAGCAAACAGUCUCCUGCUAACCGACUGGCCAAGUCGUACAGUAGUACGGUUGCUGUGACAACAGCAGGAGGUGGGUCACCACUGAGGGUGGCAUCUCCACCAAAUUCUACGGCAACAGGAGGAGGGAACAGUUCAUCAUCGUCCCCUCUUCACCAGAUGAGUUCUGGCAUAGGGAGCUAUGCCACUUUGUCUCCUAAGCGUCUGGCAGCUCACCACGCUUCUGACCAAUACAAGAUCUCACACGAGCUCUACGCUACUGCUACCCUACAGAGGCCUGGCAGUCUGGCAGGCUCUCGUGGCUCCUACAGUAGUCAACACAGUCAAGAAGCUCUUCGGCCCUUAGGGUCCCCCGAGCACCACAUAGAUCCUAUCUAUGAGGAACGUGUCUAUCACAACAAGGGUCCUAUGAGGAGCCUUAGUCAGAGCCAGGGACCAGAUACAGGCCCCUACCGCAACAACACUGCACCCUCUUCCCCUGGUGUCGACUCCACCCCUUUGCAGCGAACAGGAAGUCACGGCACUGGCACAGGUAGCUACAGCCGUGGUGGGACCAACAACUAUGCCACAGUGGGGCCAGGAUACACUUCAAGCGCCGGUGGAGGAGGCGGAGAUGUUUACGGGUCAGACCCUUACGUGGCGGACCCCUACCGCACCCUGCAAUACUGCCCCUCGGUGGUGGAAUCUCCUUAUAGCAAGUCCGGGCCGGCCCUACCGCCUGAAGGAAGCCUGCAGCGUUCACCUUCCAUCGACUCUAUUCAGAAAGACCCAAGAGAGUUUGGGUGGAGAGAUCCGGAGCUGCCAGAGGUGAUCCAGAUGUUACAACACCAGUUCCCAUCGGUGCAGUCCAAUGCUGCAGCUUACCUGCAGCAUCUGUGCUUCGGAGACAACAAGAUUAAAGCUGAGAUCCGUAGGCAGGGAGGCAUCCAGCUGUUGGUUGAUCUGCUGGAUCACAGGAUGAGUGAAGUUCACCGGAGCGCCUGUGGAGCAUUAAGGAAUCUGGUAUAUGGCAAAGCCAAUGAUGAGAACAAAGUGACCCUGAAGAACUGUGGGGGGAUUCCUGCUUUGGUCCGUCUGCUUAGGAAGACUGGGGAUGUGGAAAUCAGAGAGCUUGUAACAGGUGUGCUGUGGAACCUGUCGUCAUGUGACGCCCUGAAGAUGCCGAUUAUCCAAGAUGCACUUGCAGUUCUGACCAACAGCGUCAUCAUACCGCACUCCAACUGGGACUCAUCUCCUGGUCACCUUGAUGACCGCAAACUCCACCUUCAUACUUCCCAGGUGCUACGCAAUGCUACAGGCUGUCUCAGAAAUGUAAGCUCAGCAGGUGAGGAAGCACGACGGAGAAUGAGAGAGUGUGACGGCCUUACAGAUGCUCUGCUCUACGUUAUUCAGAUCUCCUUGGGGAGCAGUGAGAUUGACAGCAAGACUGUAGAGAACUGUGUUUGUAUUCUGAGGAAUCUGUCAUACAGACUGGCUGCUGAGACAUCCCACGGCCAGCAAGGUGGUCUUGAAGAGCUGGAUGGGCUGCUUUGUGAUGCAAAUGGAUGUGAAGGGGAGAGCUCCGGUUGCUGGGGGAAGAAGAAGAAGAAAAAGAAGGGAGCUGAGCAGUGGGAUGGUGUGAGUCCCUUUCCCGACACAGCUGAGCCUCCCAAAGGGGUUCAGAUGUUGUGGCACCCCACCAUUGUCAAGCCAUACCUCACUCUGCUUUCUGAAUGCUCAAAUCCCGACACGCUCGAAGGCGCCGCUGGAGCCCUACAGAACCUUGCUGCAGGCAGCUGGAAGUGGUCAGUGUACAUUCGGGCCGCUGUCCGUAAGGAGAAAGGCCUUCCCAUUCUGGUGGAGCUACUGAGGAUAGACAACGACAAAGUAGUAUGUGCUGUCGCCACUGCUCUCCGAAAUAUGGCCCUGGACAUCCGGAACAAGGAGCUUAUAGGAAAAUAUGCCAUGAGAGAUUUGAUCCAUCGGCUACCGGGCAGUAGUUGCAGCAGCAACAAUAACACCACCAGCAUUGGAACGUCGGGCAAUACAGGCACUCCCAGCAAGGCCAUGUCAGACGAUACGGUAACUGCCAUAUGCUGCGCACUACAUGAAGUGAUAACCAAGAAUAUGGAGAAUGCAAAAGCUCUACGUGAUUCUGGCGGGAUUGAAAAGCUCAUCGGCAUUGCCCGCAGCAAAGGAGACAAACACUCGGCAAAAGUGGUGAAAGCAGCCUCUCAAGUCCUCAGCAGUUUGUGGCAGUACAGAGACCUGCGCUCCCUCUACAAAAAGGACGGUUACUCCCAGCAUCAUUUUGUGGGUUCUGCAUCAACAAUAGAGAGAGACAGACAGAGGCCCUACUCUUCUUCACGAACUCCCUCCGUUUCUCCCGUCAGGACAUCCCCAAAUAAUCGCUCCGAUGAACUUUCAAGCCAGCCCAAAAGAAGCGUAGAAUCCACAGAAACAAGCUCUUGUCCAUUCAGAGGGAACCAUACAUGCUUGGUGUCAUUGUCCAUUUGGAAGACUCAUUUGUGUCUCAGGUGUAGCUUCCUGGCUGAUGUCCUGACAUUGUUGCUUCAACAAUUCCACCUAAUGUUCUUUACCUAUUAUGCUAUUGAUAUUAUGAAGUGUACCAGUCUAUUCUGUAACUACGAAUCCCCACAAUAUGAUGCUGCCCCCAGGCUCCAUAGUUGGGAUGGUCUUCUCAGACUUCAUUUUUUUCUCCAAAUAGGGAGAAAAAUGACGGUCAUCACUGCCAAACACUUCAAUUUCAGUUGCAUGAAAUCCCAGAGCUUAUCACCAAAAUUAAAGAACUUAGUCGCUGAAUGAAAUUGCAGUUGUAUUGUUGCUUUUUUAUGUUUCUGGAAGAUUGCUUUCUUACUUCAUUCUAUAAGAUGACUCUCUUACAAGCUUCAGCCAGCAUCUUCACAAGGUUUCUAGCUUCUCCAUGAUGUCAUUUGAAAAAAAUAAAUUGGUUCUUCUUAAUUUAACUCAAAUCUAAAUCUUAUACAGUGCUGACAUCAUUGUCUGGGCUUUUCCAAAUUGUUGCAAUACUUAGAAAAUGUAUUUUAUCUAAACUUCUGAAAAAAAUAAUAGGAUGCAAUAGAGUAGAAUUAAAACAUUCUUUUAUGUUUCACAAUGGGAAUAACUUAUGUGCAAUCAGAACAGAAAACUCACACAAAGGUAGGAAAAUCCACAAUAUAAAAGCAGAAUAAAAAAAAAACACGCUGUGCAUUAGGGACAAAAUUUCAACAUAAAAACUAAAAGAUAAUGUACUCCACUCCAAAAGAAUGUUCGACUGAGUAGGUUAAUCUAAAAAUGUACAAAAUAUAAUGCGUAUCUGAACAUUAAAAAGACAAAAUUAAAUAAUAUUUCAUUACUUUUCAUUUAUAAGAUGGUAAUAAUUGUGCACAUUCUAAACCAGAACAGCUUAAACUUUCAAUCAAGGGAGCUAAGAAGGUGAAACCUAUUUUCAUAUCGUGGAUGUAAAUAUCACGUUCAAACCGUAUCUGUGUCACAUCUAAAUUUAUUUACAUUUGUGAUUUUUUUUUUUUUUUUUUUACACAAUAAAAUUGAAAAAAAAAUGCAAAUAUGUAAAACCUGACAUGCAGACACAUCGAUUAGCCAGUAGCAUCAACAUUCACCAGUCCAUCAGUUUUAUACUAAGACCAAAUAGCUCCUGGCAUCAGUGCUUGCUGUCUAUUGGCUGUCAUGCUAUGAACUAUGAUUAUCAUUAGCCUUUAGCCUGAGCCCACUGGCCUUCAUGCUUUGCACGAGUGCAUUAGCAUUAGCUGUUAGCAUUGGUAGUAGAAGAGCCUUUAGGUGUUCUUUCUCCACACUGGGCUUAGCAAGCUGAUGAGGCAGAAAAGUAUUUUUCCUUCCUCCCGGCUUAGAGAGGUCUUCAAGGACCCUGCUGAGAGAGAGAGAGAGAAACAGAAUAAGUGAGGGACAGAAUAAGUGUGUGUGUGUGUGUUGUGUGCAAGCAUUAGGAAACAGAGACGGAGGAAGGGAUGCGAUAAACAGAGAGGGAGAUAAAAAGAAGAAAAAUACAACAUAGAGACAAGAAGGAUUGAGGGAUGGUGCAGGGAGGAGGCUGUGAAGGCUCUGGAUUUGACUUUGGCAAGUGACAUUGGGAGUGGUUUUGUGUUUAUGAUACCAUGGAGUUGAGGGGCUAAAACGCUAAAUUAUUGGAUGUGACUCUUCAUCCUCCUUCCUCUGCUUUGUACACACCCUGUCUCCCACUCCCCUCUCGUGCUUUUAACUCGUCGUCUCACUUUCUCCUCUUGUCCUUCUUCAACUGCACCUGUUCGCAGCAAUCCUCACCUCUUGCUUCUAAUCUCUUACUCCUUCUCGACCACACACUCGCCAAGGCACGCACGCACGCACACACCCACGCACCCCGCACCGCCCCCCACGCACACACACCCCCACACGCAUUAGUAUCUCCUCACUGCAUAUGCUCCAGACUGCAAUCCGAGUCCUCAGAGAUGGAUCAAAGCAAAAGGGUGUAAUGAAGGCAUGCAAGCGCAUUGGGAAAGGAGGAAUGAAAGAGUUGAUGUGAGAAGAGAAUGAUAAAACCGUGAAAGAGGAGCUGAGUUAAGGGGCUGAAAGACAGAGAGGGCAGCAAGGAAUGCAGAGGGAGAGACCUAUGCCUCCCUCAUGGCCACCACAGGGUACCAGAAUGUUUUACCCUUAUACAGUCAGACUGAAGGCCAUGACAACCAGACACUACUGGCCAACCUCCCUUGGUUACUGUAACCAGUGAUAACCUUUUCCUUGUGGGAAACUGGCAGGUUUAAUAUUUCAACUUUUGGAAUCCGACAGUGUGUAAUGAUUGAAUUAGUGCAAAUGUCUUGCAGCAUAAAAAGCAUUGCGCUUACACAAAGUUUUGUGUAUGUGGAACACACAUACAUGUUUUAAUGUGUGCAUGUAAUUUUCAAUAUCUAAAACAAGAAUACAAAAAAAUACAUCUAAAACAAGACUACAAAAAAAUACAUCAAGUAAUAUGCACCGUUAAAAAUGAACUCUAGACACCUGAUUCCAAACAAAUUUACCAACGCUAGUGAUGAUUAUCUGCUUCAACGGCAGUCAAAUUCAGGCAUGUUCAUCAGAUUAAAUGUAGCUUCUGAAAAUAACUACAAAAACUUUUCUAAUAUUUCUAAUACCCACAUCGUAGUGAUGAUGGCUAAAAAAAAAGAGAGAAAAGAAAUAUAUGGAUUUACUUUUACAAUUAUAAUGCGUGAAAAAUGACACAGCACAAAUUACUCUUUAUAUUGAUGUUAGGUUGAAAUUCAGUAAAACUAAGGUUAAACACCAUUAUUGGAACUGACUAACAUAUAAUGUAUUAAAGAAUGUAUCGAUUGAUGUCUUCAAGUUAAGAUUCAGUAAAAAUCUCAAUAGGAUUCCUUGUGUGUUUUAUUGCUUUAAGUGUGUUUUAUCUAUGGCAGGGUUUGGGCCCUGUUUGUGGCCUGUCAAGAUAAUGUUCAAGGGCUCUUUAUGUGAUAAUUUGGUAUUGCAUAAUUCAGGACUUGACCCGGCUGUUGGCAAGCAUGUUUUCUUGAUCAAUAUCUCGACAGUUUCAGAUUUGUAUAAUUUACAAGCGCUUUACACACACAAAGAACACAAGGAAAUUGAAUAUAUUGUGCGGACUGAGGUAUUGUACACCAGAUGCAAAAUUUGAUAUUCCAAUAACAUGCCCAUAAGUGUGCGCUUGAAUUCCCAGACGUUCCUUAACGCGCUGGAGGUGACCCUUUCUGCUGACAAGCUAAAUGAUGAAUAAUGAGUGUGCACCUUGACGACACACACACACACCCCUGCAAACACAAGCAGGCGGAAUGUGAAGGCUUCUGCUGUUCUGGGUUUAUUGCUCUCAUUAAUGCCUGCAUCCGUUUGUGUGUGUGUGCGCGCACGC